CUUCAAACCUUCGUCUGUUCGUCUGGCUGAGAAUAUGUAGUAGAUGAUGGCUAUGAAUGUUUGUGCCUAGAAACAAGUCAGUGGUUGUGAUGACAAACCAAUUAGUGAGUGUCUGGUUACUAAUUUGAAAGCAACUAAAAAGCUCUGGAGAACUGAAAGCUCUGCUCUUUCUAUUUAAGAAGAAAAUGCCCAUCAUUCUGCCACAGCUUCCCGAAGUAAUGUUUUCUACAUAUGACCCACAGUACAUACCAGGUUAUACAACCCAAAUUCCAAAGCUUCGAAGCGACACUGGAAACAUAUACGGCAACGCUACCCAAACGGUAGUUAACCAUGAACCAGGUGUACAUAGAGCUACAAACUUGCCUCUCACAGGAUGGUGUGAUAGACAAGGACCAGUCAUCACUAUGCACUCUGGCACAAGAGCCAUCCCUAAAGAGCAGGCUGAAAGCUGGAAUGUUAAAAAAGGAUAUUUGUAUCCAGUAAAUGGAAGAAAUUAUGCUACAGGAAUAAAUACCGUGUAUAAUGGAGACCUGAGGAUUUCAUCCGCUAUACAGACAGUGGAAGGAAUAAAACAUGAGUUACACAGCCCUGGUCAGUGGAAGACAUAUAUCAGUGACACCAGUGGGCAUUUGGGGAGACCUGGGGGAAGUUCAAGACAAGCUACUUUUCACGGAAGAUCUGAGCAGGAGCGCCCAUUGCCAAGGCUUUCUCCAUAUGCAGAGAAAAAGGAGAGAUUGCUUAAGAAAGAAAGAAAUGAGAGCGACCCGAUACCAAACUCAUACAAAACAAAUUACAAUAAUCACGAGCAACAAGAAAGACUGAUUUACCGAACUGAUUCUGGAAUCCUUCCUAAUUAUGGAGGAUACAUACCUGGUCAGAUGUUUGCUAUUGGGAAGACCUGGGGAAAGACCAGUGUCAAUGCGCUUGGAAAACUAAAGGAGCAACCCUUUCUUUGGACCUCACUCUUUUGAGCUGAUCUAGUAACUGGAAUAACAACCAGAUCAAGACAGGCAACACAUCAUUACAUUUUCUUUAUAAUAAAUAGCCAGCUGGGAUUUAAUAUACAUGUCUGCAUGCAGGUGUGAUUUUAGUAUGCAGAUCAGUAGCAGAACCAUGAUUCAGAAAUCCUCUAAUGCAUCAAUAGCAUUCUUUCAUUCUCACUGUUAUAGUAUCACACACAGUUGAUAUCAUCCUGUUAACAAAGAACCAAACCUAAAUAAAGGAAUCAUUCAGAAUUUA